AUGUACAGUGACCUAGGCCUGGAGCAGAAGAAGAGAAGUUACGAGAGCGUUGCUGGCCGUUACGAUAUGCCGCCCAGUAAUCGAGGCGCCUCAUCCCUGAUGAUCGGCAAACGAGCAGACGGAUUACCUGAUGUGAGUAUCGAAGCGAAGCUUCGGACUAAAUUCUGCGACUUGCCUUCGUCAGACCCAACUAAGCAUUGCUUUGUGAAAGAAAUUUUAACGACCAUUGCACACAGCCCCAACCAAUUAUCAGUGGACAAAACUACCAACACGCUAUACUUCAGCUUUGAUUUCGGACAAGGAGAGUACGUGCCGGCAAUACUUCAUAUGGAAACUAGAAAUCUAAGUGUGUUAAAAGGAGUUAAGGACGCUUUUGCUAUAGCCAAUGAUCCUACAACAGGAGAAAUGUACUUCGGAGGCAGUCAUGGGAUCUACAAGUACAGUGCAGCUAAAAAAAUCCUACAGCGGUUGAACAUCAACAAUUUAGACAUCUGGUGGCUUUUUAUCAAGAAGAAUAUUUUCUUUAUCAAGUUUCCAAGUCUCAGUGCGUAUUACUAUGAGAACAAAACAAUAAAGGCUGUUCCAGAGCUGAGAGGUGAUAUAGUUCAUCAAUUUGUUUUUGAUAAAGAGGAUAACAUUUUCUUUAUCAAUGGUUCAGGUUUAUUCGGUAUUAAGCAUGAUGACACCACGCCAGUAUUACUGAGGGAUCACCCAAGAUUUCUGGGGAUUGCGACGGAUAACAAUGGAUUCGUUCAUGUCUGUAGCGAGGAUGGUAUAUUUGUUGUCACACAAAUGGUGCCAAAGGUGAAGAAAGUUAUCAACGUUCAAGGAGUUUUGGGUAUGACGUUCGACAAAUCUAACAAUAUAAUCUAUUCAGAUUCCCACGAGAUUAUAAGGCUACUUCCUUUAUCAAGAGAAAAUUAUAAUGAAAAUGAUCGCGGAUUAUAA